CUCCAACAGGUUUUCAGUGUGUAGUUCAACUCGUUUAAAAGCAGUCGUGGACCCUUUGUUUUUAAAAAAGAAUCAACCUAAAGUUUGUUGUUUUGUUUUUUUACUGAAUUUAAACAUCUGUUGAAGUGACUGAAGCCUGUAAACAUGGUGAUUUAUAUGGAGUCAGAAAAAAAGUGCCAGUUUAUUAACUAAAUCCAGCAAACCUGUAACGAGUCUGACGGCGCGACCCUUUCAUCGCUUAGAUCUUCAGUCCAGAUGCGUUCGAAAUCGAGUUGUUAGAGUUCCAAACAGCAUGAGUGGCUGUGUAUCCCCCUGUCACCGCCCCUGCAGUCAACAUGUUUGGCAACGUGCCUGGCUAUGAAGGCACUGUGGCAGGAGGAGGAGGUUACCUCCCUCCUCCUGUGCCCUUGGAGCCUGUAGCCCCGCCCCAACCUGGCCCUGCACCUGAUGACUGGAGCAUCCCAUCGCUGUCAGAGGAUGUGGCCUCUGAGGCGUUCAAGAGCUUUGCGUCGUCUCAUUGCUGCUACAGUGGUGCUCCUGCCACCGAUGGAGUCAUCACCAACAUGGAGCCUUACAACACCUACAGGUACCGACUGGAGACAUUCACUGAGUCCAGGUCAACUGAGUGGGCCCAAAAACCUCAUGAAGGUGAGCCAGCUGACUUCUACACCCAGACUGCCCCACGGCCCUGGGAGAUCCAGGCCACGCCUCCCAGCCUUUUCACUAAUCACACGGAGGAGAUCCGCGUGCCCUACACCUCCUCCGUCCAGGACUGCAACACCUGUCAUGCUACAGGUAUGAUGCCAUGUACUGAGUGCCAAGGCAGUGGAUAUGAUAAACUUUGCUGGGUGUGCAACGGCGCUGGAAUGAAGGACAAUGAGAACUGCACUCGCUGUGAUGCUAAAGGCAAAGACAGGUGUACCUCAUGUAACGCUCAGGGAAUGAAGGAGUGUCAAAAGUGUAAAGGAAAACGACAACUGCUGACCUACAUCAAGCUCAAAGUGGAGUGGGUUAACCAUGUGGAUGACCAUGUGGUGCAGCAGAACUCUGGCCUGAACACUGAUGAUCUUCACUCAGUGAGCGGGAAGGAGUUGUUCAAGAACAACCAGUACCUGGUCUACCCGCUGCUCGGGUUCCCAAACCCGGCCAUGUCCGAGGCUUCAGAGCGUCUGGUCAGGGAGCACCAAAGCAAGUACGCCCAGACCUCCAGGAUCCUGCAGCAGAGGCAGACAGUCGAGUUGAUCCCCAUCACUAAGGUGAACUACAAGUGGAAAGGCAGCUCUCAUGUGUACUUCGUCUACGGCAACGAGCACAAAGUCAGCGCUGACAAUUACCCAGCAACCUGCUGCUGUGUCAUCCAGUAGACAGACACACACAGCUGUGCUCAGCUGUGCCAAGCUGCAAUACUGUUCCUCCAGAACGACUUUUUCACAUGAAAAAUGACCCAUUAUUGUGAGUCAUUCUUAGAUAAAAUCACCAUCCCAGAGCUGUUUGAUGCUCAGUGGUUCCCACAAAUUCACAAUUACCAUAAAAAUGCUCCACUCUAACUAAAUUAACCUGGAGGAACUGAAUUUAUCUAUUUGUCUUUAUGUUAGAAACUGCUUUUCUCCUUAGUUUAGAUUCUCAGGUGUUCAGAAUCUCUACAUCCUGAUACUGUGAUGUUCCACCAGGUGUCCUGAUGAAAGAAAAUAAUUAACUCUGAGUGUUGUUCCUGUCAUUUAUCCUUCAUAUCAACAAUUUACCUUCAUAAAAUUUUAAUCUUUGACAUCAAGAACUGAAUUGUUGCUGUCCAAACCUAAGAUUUUAUUUGCUGUCUCAGAGUUCAUUAUUGUCUCUGUGUGGACACCUGUGUCCAUCAUUGUGUCUCUGAUGUCAUCACCACUCACCAAAGAUGUUUUUCUAUUACACUUAAUGAACAGUUUACAGAAAAUGUGCCACUAUGUGCUGAUAAAUGUCCUCAGUAUUGCAUGGAAACAUCAUAUAUUCUUGAUGUUUUAAGAACAAAUCAGUGGCGUGUCCUCUUGACCUGACCCCACUUUGAGCAAAGAUAAACUAUCCUAAAAUCUGCGGAAGCCAGAAAAAAAAACAUCAGUUUAACAACAAGUAGGUCAAGCAUGAGAAACAGCAAAAUAAAGAGAUGUAUGAGGUUUUCAUCUGACUGAGGUUAAAUCGUGAUAUGUGCUGUAUUUUACCUGUGUGCUCAGUAACAAAACAGAUGACCUGGUUCACCUGUGGUUUAAUUUUCAAGGUAGAAAACACUACGGUGCUUAAAAUGCUGAUAUCAGGGGUUUCUUGGAAACUCACUUGGGCAUGUGUCCCAUGUACUAAGGCUGUGUCCUGGGUUUGAUUGUGAGCUGAGACUUUAUAGUAUGUAUGGUCACCUCUCUCUCCCCCUCUCCCUAUCUGUCUUUGGCUGUACCAUCCAAUAAUAAAGGCAAAAAAUAAUGUAAAGAAAAUGCUGAGAUCAGAGGUUUCACCACAAGCUUAUUAAUUCAUACUAUUAGGUCUAUGGUCACAAUGGAAAGUAUUCAAAUGAAAUUCAUGUGUGUCUUCACUAAAUAUUAGGGUGUAGUAGCUUGGUGACUUGCAAACUGCUUGCAUGGGUAAUUGAUAGAUGGAGAUAGAUUUAUUGAUCCCGAGGGAAAUCCAAGCAUCCAGUAGCAGACUACAGCAGUAUAGGUUAGUCAAAAAGUAUUUAGAUUUAGAUAAUAAAAACUAUACUGAUCAUAAGUAGGGAAAAGACGGACGGGCUACUGGAGAGGCUACUACUACACUACUGUGAAUAUUGGUGAAUUAUCAGAGCUGGUUCAAGGAUUCAAGGAGCUUUAUUGUCAUUUCACACAUGUAGAAACAUGAGGUGGAACGAAAUUAGUUUCCCUGGUCCCGGUAUAAGCCCAAUAACCUACAAGUACUAAUGCUAUAAAUAUAAAAACAACACUAUAUAAAUAUAAAAACAACCAGAAUAAAAGAUAUAACCAGUGAAUAUAAAAACAAGCUGUUACUGAAAUGCUCAUACUAGUCAGUUACAAAGUUGCUCUAAGUUUAUUUCUAUUUUCUCUGUACUUGUCUGAUUAUUCCCCUCUGGUGUUUUCUUCUCAGGAAUGGACACAAUGUCAUUCCAUAAAGAGUUUAUUGGUCAGUUGGCUAAUAGUCAGUCGUGCUCGUUGUGGAGCUGUCAAUUGAAGAAGUCGAUCAAUUGGAAGGUGACAUUAGCUAUGAUAGCUUCCUCCAUUUUUUUAACUUCUGAACUCUUCGUUCCAUCAAUGGUCAGUAAUGGUAAAAAUGGUUGGAUAGGUCGGAUUUGACGUGCACGUUAGGUGAACUGGCUACUCUACAUUACCCCUAGGUGUGAGUGUGAGAGUGUGUGGUUGUGUGUCUUUGUGUGUCAGCCCUGUGAUUGACUGGCGACCAGUCCAGGGUGAACCCCGCCUCUCGCCUGUAGUCAGCUGGGAUAGGCUCCAGCUCCCCUGUCACCCUGACAGAUAAGCGGUAUAGAAAAUGGGCGGAUAGCCUCAAUUUUCAGUUUUCAUAGAAAUAUGUCUCUUAUUGUGUUACAUUAAAAACAAGUACUGUUAAGUAAUCUGUCAGAUGUUUUUCACAUCCAGCUGUAUAAUGAUAAUGACAAGCAACAGAAACAGUAUUCCCAAAUGUUUCUGAGCAAAAGAAAGGGAGGAAGAAAAUCUAAUGGCUGUUCUGGUCUGGAGAGAAUUGAUUAAGUAAUAAAUAAAAGAAUUUCGUUGUUAAUGAGUCGGGAUUGGUUUUUAAAAUCUUUUAGCCUCACCCAAAGCCUUUAAAGUAUCUUUAAUUUAAAGUUGAUAAUUAAUUUGAUCAAAGUCAGAAAUAAAUGUGGAGAAAUUGGAGACCUGCUGAGAUCAUGUUACUUCUUGUCAUUAAUGGGUGAAUUCAGAUUUGUUUUUUUCCCAGCGGUCUGCAUUGAUCAUGUUUGAGGCUGAGACUUCCAGUGCUGCUGGUUUCCAGGCUAAACUGAACAGCAGCUAACAGGACAGAGCUAGCUAAAACAUCUGAAACAGCAACGCAGUAUAAAACCAGCCUAAAGCUAUUUCUUCACCAUGUCUGAAACCAAGCAAGAAGAAGUUUCAUCAUCAGCAAGAAGUAGUGGCAUCAUCAAUUCACAUUUGGACAAAAGUAUGCAACCAUAUCCCUUUAAACUGCCCUCCUGCAGUACAGCAGAGCACCUGUAGAGGAUGCUGUAGGUUUGAAAGAUGUUUAAAAGAUUGCUGCUGUCUGCCUUAAGUACAACCACACAGUUCAGAAACAAGACAAGGGGGGUACAUCUGCCACUUUGCAGAGCCUGCAAACCACGACCCGUUCAAACUACGCCAGUUAUCAUGAUUUGUUGUGGUGAAGGAAGUGAAACAGUUGCAGAGAAAAGAGGAGGCAAAUUGCUAGAAAACUAACUUUGUUCAUCAACAGCAUUGCGAUGUUAGAAAAAUGUCCAACAGGGACUGGGGGGCAGGACGAUCGUACCCUCUUAGGAGACGGGGAAUGUAUACCAUUUCAUACAGCUGGUCCAGCUUGUAAUGUCUUCUGUAAUCUUUGGUAUAGCCAGUUUAUCUGUGACCAACAGGACGAAGCCACUUCAGGUUUAUGGGUUUUACUUUUAAACUGGCAGUAGCCUACACAUGUUUUUCAAUAUAUUAGUUCAUUUAUUGUGUCCGUGUCCUUUUUACAAAUUCAAAUUCUGCAUUUCAUAAUAUCCAUCCUGCUUGUUUAUCUAUGGGGGGUUCAUAUUCAGUUCAAGUUUUAUCCUUCCUGUUGUGUUUUCAGCAGUUGACUGUUAAAUUCUCUAAUCACAGCAUUUUUAAACACACUAAACAUGAUGUUAAUGCCGCUUUGCUUUGUUGUCUCAAAUUAAAGUGAUGCUAUUCAAAUGUUAUGAAUGAAAGUGCUUUAAAACAAUGCUUUGACUUACAAACAUCUCUGUUACUAACCUGAUAUACCUGAUGAAAUAAUCACUCUUAGUACUUAGUAACACUCUGUUGUUACACUAGAUUAUUAAUUGUAUGUUACUGCUUAAACUGAAAAUAAACUCUGAGACCGAG